AUGCAAAACGAUACAGCCGUGAACCUACCUUCCGGGUCAAAUAAGAAGAAUACGGUGUACGUAGCUGGAUUAGCACCAGAGGUGAACGCGGAUCAGCUAUUAGCUGCUUUUGUAACAUUCGGUGAUAUAAUCGAUAUCAAAAUCCCACAUGAAAUCCAUGAUCAAUCGAAACAUCGUGGAUUCGCUUUUAUAACAUUCUCUCACCCCUCCGACGCUCAAGAUGCUAUUGAUAAUUUCGAUUUAAACGAAUUACCUGGAUAUCAAGGUCGAGGUAAAUUUUUGAAAUGCAGUUUGGCCAAUCCAGAUAGGUUCGCUAGUGAAGGUGGUGGAAGUGGAAGGUUCGAUAAAGCCAUCUGGGCAACGGAUCAAUGGCAGCAAGCUCACGGUGAGAAACCAAGAGAUGAAGUUGAGGUCGAAGGACAGUGA